AUGUACUACGAUCUUAACAAUUUAUACGGAUGGGCGAUGUGUCAACCAUUGCCAUACGCCGAAUUUCGAUGGGUCGAAGACGCUGCGAAUUUUGACGUGAGCGCGAGCGCUCUGGAUUCAUCCAUCGGUUACAUUCUCGAAGUCGAUCUCGCGUAUCCACAACAUCUACACGAUCUGCACACUGCCCUGCCGUUCUGUCCGACGCGCGAUAAGCCGCCCGGCAAGCGCGAGGCUAAACUUUUAGCGACGCUAACUCGCGCUAAAAAUGAUUUCGAGAAAAAUUUAUAUAAAUUAAUGAACAACGCGGUAUUCGGUAAAACUAUGGAGAAUGUGCGCAAUCAUGUUGACGUAAAAUUAUUAAUAAAAUGGGACGGACGAUACGGCGCGGAGGCAAUGAUCGCGAAACCGAUUUCCACAAUCUUUGCAGAAAAUUUGAUCGCCGUCGAACUGCGCAAACUCGAAGUGAAGUUCAUCAAGUCGAUUUACGUGGUCUUACGAUACCCACUUGUACGAACGGCUGAAAAAAUGUACGCUAAAGAGAGCAGUGCAUCGUACGAUGUGAAGAAGGAAUAUAACAUUACGGAGCAUCGUGCAGUGCGUUUACUGAGCAGACGUUACGAUCCGACGAAUACGGGCUACAAAUUUUUGGAAAUUGGAAUCAACGUUGGCCCACCGAGUUACGUGGAGAUCGCCCUUGGAGAUCAUCGCGGACACGAACUAUCGCUGUCUCUCGAAAAGCCGUGGAAGAGUCUCUACGAGCAGCGAGGAAAUAUUUACAAGCUGCGAUUUAAAGAGGAUGAUUUUGAUGUUAAUGAUAGAGAACAUAGUGGUGCUCCUCAGAAGGUUACAAACAAUGAAUUGCAAGCAUUACUCGAUCAAAACUCAUGUCAAACACAAAACGAACUUGCACAGCAAUUUGGAGUAACUCAACAAGAUAUUUCAAUUCGUUUACGGCAGAUGGAAAAGAUUCUAAAGGAAGGAAAGUGGGUGCCGCAUGCAUCAAGUGAAAAAAACAAAAAUGAUCGUCUUGAGAAGUGUUUGAAUCUGUACAAUAAACAGCAUAGAAAAUCUUUCUUGUGGAAAAUCGUGACUGGACAAUCCACUACAUCAACGCCAAAAUGCAACAUCCACAGCAGCAAAGUUAUGCUAUGCAUCUGGUGGGACAUGAAGGGUGUGCUAUAUUAUGAACUACAUCCGAAUGAAACGGUUAACAGUAAUCGCUACAGUCAACAAUUGACAAUCCGUUUAAAUCAAGAAAUCGAACGAAAUCGUCCAUUUACUGGCAAAGGAAAACGUCCUGUGAAAUUGCUUCACGACAACCCUAGGCCUCAUGUUGGUAAACCUGUAAAGGAAAUGUUGCUAGCUCUUGGUUGGGAAGUUCUGCCGCACCCGGCGUAUAGUCUAGACAUAGUCCCUUCUGAUUAUCAUUUAUUCCGGUCAAUGCAAAACGCCUUAUCCGAUGUACACUUUUGA